AGCUUUCUUUUAUUUAGAAAAUCACUUUAACUACGGAAGUGAGAAUGUUCCCGUGCAAGUGUAUACUGAUUUGUUUACUCUUUACUUUGUUUAUUUCAUUAAAUUGCAAUGCUGCUCCUUAUAACGUGUCCCAUCUUGAAGCAACAAAGAAAGAAGUAUGCAUGAAAGAACUUGGAUGCUUCUCAAUAACAGAUGAUUUCAAGAGUCUUCUCCACAGGCCUAUCAAUGUUCUACCACACGAUAGAAUUACUAUCAACACCCGAUGUCUUCUUUAUACCAAACAGAAUCCAAAAGAAGCGCAUCACUUGAUAGCCUCGGACAGAGAAAGCAUUGAAGAAGCACCACUGAAUCCAGAACAUCCCGUCAAGUUUAUAGUCCAUGGCUUUAUGGACAGUGAACUUUAUGGACCAUGGAUGUUGGCAAUGAAAGAUGAGUUCUUAGUGAAUGGAGACUAUAAUGUUAUCAUUGUAGAUUGGAGUGGGGGAAAUAAGCCACCUUACUACCAAGCAACUGCGAAUACAAGAGUUGUAGGAGCAGAAGUAGCACUGAUGGUUCAAACAUUAGAGAAAUACAAGGGUAUUAAAAGAGAAGAUUGUCACAUCAUUGGCCACAGUUUGGGAUCCCACAUUGCUGGUUACGCUGGUGCGAGACUAAAAACAUUAGGCAGAAUUACAGGAUGCGACCCUGCUGAACCAUACUUUCAGAAUAUGCCACCAAGUGUGAGGCUGGAUCCUACAGACGCUGAUUUUAUUGAUGUUAUACAUUCUGAUGCGACAGAUAUAAUGUUUAUCGGGUUUGGAAUGAGCCAUCAAGUAGGUCAUGUCGAUUUUUACCCUAACAGUGGAAGGAAUCAACCAGGAUGCAAAACUGACAAGUUUAAGUCCUUCAUCACACAAGGAUUAAAUGAAGGAAGUCGGCGAUUCGUAAGUUGCAACCAUCAACGAUCUUUAGAUUUCAUGCACCAUACUAUCAACUAUAAAAAACGGACGCCUGUUGGAUAUGAGUGCACCGAUUGGAAAGACUUCCUCGAUGGUAAAUGUGCUGAAUGCGGAAAAGACACCAAGAGGUGUGCUAUUAUGGGUAUAAGAGCUGAUGAGUACAAGCCUUUGAGAAACACUUCCGUUCAACACUCCAUGUAUUUGAAAACAUCUGGAAAAAUUCCCUUUUGGUUGUACCAUUAUCAAGUGAUGGUUAAAUUGUUCAAGCCAAGAACUUUACACAAAGAUGUCACAGGCACUUUCGACGUAACUUUGUUUGGCUCUAAAGGAGACGAGUUAUUUCACGCACAGGAGGAGUCAAUCAACUUAUAUCACGGAGCACGAUAUCAGUAUCUCGUCACUACGGAAAAGGAACUCGGUGAAAUUAAGUCUGUAAGUCUUGUAUGGACCAGCUCAUCUAAAAACCCAAUCAACAUUAUUCGGAAGCCUAAACUUUACGUCGAGUACAUAGCUGUUAUUCCUAUGAAUGUCAUUGAACCAACACCAAGAAAUAUGACUGACCGGGUAUUCUGUGGGAAACCUGAUAACCCAAUUCCAACCAAGACAAUAGCAACAUUUCAUCGAGACAACAAGUGUUUGAAAUAUUUGUAAACGAAA